CAAAAGAGAUUAACGCCACCCAAAUGAGACAUUACAUGUCAACUGUGUUUGCAAACUUGGAUGUACCGGAGACAGACAGGCAGGCUUUUUAUAGACACAUGGGCCAUUCAGAAGAAAUCAAUAAACAUGUUUACCAAUGUCCAUUGGCUGUUCAAGAAAUUACAAAAGUUGGAAAGUUUUUUUAUCUUAUGGACAAAGAUGGUAUUAAAGCUUAUCCUGAUUCUCAGUCAUUACCAGCAAAAAUGCAAAAUGCUGACCAAGAAGAUGUUGCGGGUACUUCAUAUGACAAUAGUGGUGGUACUGAUGAAAAUACAGAUAUAACAGAGAGUGAUGAGGAUUCAGGUUCAAGUUCAAGUUUUGGAAAAGCAAAGAGAGGGAAAAAAAGAAAGAAUAGAGUCAUUAAAUACAGUUCUUCAGAGGAUGAUUCUAGUCCACAAAGUGAUGACAGUUCUGAUGAAGGCAACAUUCAACAAAAGAGAGGAUUGAAAAGAAAGAGCAAAGAUGAGGAAAUUGAAGAAGAAAUUGCAGAACUAUUUAGAACAAGAAAGAAAGGAAGACGAUAUGUUCAAUGGAGUGAGAAAGAUUCAAACACUGUAAAAUCCUACUUCAAACAAUAUAUCCAGGAUGUAUCUAAAGAAGGUGCAAAAGGGAGAAUGCCUGGUUUUAAGGACAUAAAAAUAUUUAUGGAGUUAUGUCCAAAUGUAAUGGCACAAGAGAGUGACUUUUUGACAAGGAGAGAUAUUAUCAAAUCAAAAGUAUUUAAUGAAAGAAAAAAGUUUAGAGGAAUAUAUGAGGAGAGGAAAAAGAAAUUUUCCUGUUAAGCCUGACGAUGAGAUAUGGUGUACUAGUAGACUGUCCUCAGCCUGACACAGAGAUAUGGUGUACCUGUAGACUGUUCCUCAGCCUGACACAGAGAUAUGGUGUACUAGUAGACUAUUCCUCAGCCUAACACAGAGAUAUUGUGUACCUGUAGACUGUUCCUCAGCCUGACGAAGAGAUAUGGUGUACUAAUAGACUGACCUCAGCCUGACACAGAGAUAUGGUGUACCUGUAGACUGUUCCUCAGCUUGACACAGAGAUAUGGUGUACCUGUAGACUGUGUCUCAGCCUGACACAGAGAUAUGGUGUACCUGUAGACUGUUCCUUAGUCUGACACAGAGAUAUGAUGUACCUGUAGACUGUGUCUCAGCCUGACACAGAGAUAUGGUGUACCUGUAGACUGUUCCUCAGCAUGACAGAGAUUUGGUGUACCUGUAGACUGUUCCUCAGCCUGACACAGAGAUUUGAUGUACCUGUAGACUGUUCCUCAGCCUGACAUAGAGAUAUGGUGUACCUGUAGACUUUGUCUCAGCCUGACACAGAUAUAUGGUGUACCUGUAGACUGUUUCUCAGCCUGACACAGAAAAAUGGUUUACCAUUAGACUGUUC